CCCUAAACAAGGCUCUGGCCUUCUGAUGUUGCUUCAUUUCCUAGGAGGGGAGAGGGCAAGAGAGCCCUGGUCCUGCUCCAGCUCCAACCAAGAUCUGCCCACUAUGGCCCUGGUGCUGACCCUCCAGCUGCUGACCCUCUGGUCUCUGUGUCAUGCAGACAUCACUCCAUCUGUGACUAUUAUAGUUCCCCCAGCUUCAUACCCCAAGCCAUGGCUGGGGGCUGAGCCAGCUGCAGUUGUGACCCCUGGAGUCAAUGUGACCUUGAGAUGUCGGGCACCUCAACUUGCCUGGAGGUUUGCACUUUUCAAGCCUGGAGAGAUGGGCCCCCUACUCUUCCGGGAUGUGUCCUCAGAACUGGCAGAGUUCUUCUUGGAGGAGGUGACUCCAGCCCAGGGAGGCAGUUACCGCUGCUGCUACCGGAGCCCAGACUGGAGGCCAGGUGUCUGGUCCCAGUCCAGUGAUGACCUGGAACUGUUGGUGACAGACCAGCUGCCGCGGCCGUCGCUGGUGGCGCUGCCCGGGCCGGUGGUGGCGCGCGGUGCCAACGUGAGCCUGCGCUGCGCCGGCCGCGUGCGGGGCAUGAGCUUUGCGCUGUACCGCGUGGGCGCGGCGGCCCCGCUGCAGUUCCAGGACUCAGCGCAGCGCUGGGCCGACUUCCCGUUGUCCGGCUCCCGCGCCCCCGGCAUCUACAGCUGCUACUACCACACGCCCUCUGCACCCUAUGUGCUGUCUCAGCGCAGCGAGCCGCUGGUCAUCAGUGCGAAAGACACUGAUUCCUCGGACUACACCCUGGGGAACCUCGUCCGCCUGGGGCUGGCAGGCCUGAUCCUCAUUUUCCUGGGUGCUUUGGUCGCUUUCGAUUGGCGCCGCCAGACCCAGGGCCCUUACAGUGUUGAGCCUUGA